ACCAUCAGCAACAACAACAGAAUGUGCCCCUCAACAACAACCAACAACAACACAACAACCAGCACAAAACGUCAGAACAGAGUAGUCAACAAGCUGACACCAAUAACAGCACAGCGAGUAUGAGUACCAACUCCCAGUCUCGCUCACACAUAGAUAGACUGCACCAGCAUUCCUCAGACGAGGAGGGAAGGCCUCACGUUGAUGAUGGCAGAUCGGAAGAUGCACGUCACGGAAAGGGAAAAGAGUCCACCAUCUUAUCCGAUAUUGGAGCGGACUACAUGCGAGUUAACGGAGCCAUUGGGUCAUUUAAACAACUGCAAAAACCCACAUCAAUGCAGUCCCUUCCGACAUCCUCAAAAAUGAGCUACACGUCUGAAGAUGCAGGGGCUGCUCUGGUCGGGGUGAACAGUGAGCUAGGGAAAUAUGGUAUGGAACAAAAACAACAGCCGGAGACUAAAAGCAGUAAACCUAAUCCGGUUGGAUACAGGCUGGGGAAAAGGAAAACACUGUACGAGCGGAGGAGAAAAAUCUCGGACUAUUGUCUUGUGUUUGGGAUGGGAGGUAUAGUUUUGAUGAUUGUGGAGACGGAACUCACCAUGGCUAACGUCUACCUGAAGGAUCAUGUCUGCUCCUUUGUGCUGAAGUCCCUCAUCAGUCUUUCCACACUAAUCCUGGUCUGCCUCAUCUUAGCGUACCACGCGUUGGAGAUCCAGAGCAAGCUUUUGCUUUUUGCAAUUGAUAACUGUGUUGAGGACUGGCGAAUAGCGAUUUCCUGGAAAAGACUUUCCCAACUAUUGACAGAGAUUCUAGUGUGCGUGGUGCACCCCAUUCCAGGCAAUUUCCACUUCACUUGGUAUACCAUGAAGUACGAUGGGUCGGAACUGUUAAAAAAUGUUGUUCCUGUGGACAUCCUUUUAUCUCUACCGAUGUUUCUAAGACUAUAUCUCAUCGCACGGGUAAUGCUUUUACAUAGUAGAUUAUUUACAGACGCUUCGUCCAGGAGUAUAGGUGCUUUAAACCGAAUCAGUUUUGACACCCGUUUUGUGCUGAAGACACUGAUGACAAUAUGUCCCGGUACAGUCAUGCUUGUGUUUAUGCUUUCGUUGUGGAUUAUUGGCAGCUGGAUCCUCCGCUCCUGCGAAUACUACCAUGAUGAGAAUCACCAAAAUAUCCUUAACUCCAUGUGGCUGAUUUCCAUCACCUUCCUGUCCGUGGGCUAUGGGGAUAUCGUACCAAACACAUAUUGUGGCCGGGCCAUAGCUAUAGCGACAGGGGUUAUGGGAGCGGGUUGUACAGCCUUAGUGGUAGCAGUCAUGGCCAGAAAGCUGGAACUGAGCCGGGCAGAAAAACAUGUACACAAUUUUAUGAUGGACACACAGCUCACAAAGAGGAUGAAAAAUGCUGCAGCCAAUGUUUUACGAGAGACUUGGCUUAUUUACAAAUACACCAAACUCGUUAAGAAGGUAGAUGGUAGUAAGGUGCGCGCUCACCAGAGGAAAUUUCUUCAAGCUAUCCAUUCGCUCCGAAAAAUCAAGAUGGGUCAGAGGAAAUUACUAGAAAACCAGAAUACACUCGUGGACAUGGCAAAGAACGUAGGGAUGGCAGGGCUGGACUCCAUGCCUAGUUGCUAUAUCUCCAUACCCCAUGUUCAGUACCAGCAGACACAGACACAAAUAUCUGACGGAGUCAUGGAAAUUAACAGUAAUCAGUCGUCCCUGGAGAAACGAGUCAACAAAAUCGAGGAAAAGCUUGCUGGACUUCAGGGUACCCUCGAUCAACUUCCCAGUCUGAUUGCUGAAAAGGUGAUACUGCGGCGAUCAGAACACCAAUCCAGACGAGACCAUGGAGAUCACCGGAAUCUAGGGGGAGGGAGUGUGGGCAAUGGGAUGGAACCUACUAUGGACUACCGACAAUCCGAGUUCAAUCAACUACGUAGAAUUUCUCCCCCUCGUCGGAAGAAACAAGGAACUCAAUCUGUAUCAGGAGGGACAAGUCAGCUGUAGCAGCAGAUUGUUCCUUGUGUCAUUAAAUCAACAGUGCCGAUACAGGGUCCAGUAUCUUCCAUUCAGAGUUGGAGAGGAUUUAUCCUGGAAGUGCGUUUACAUAGGACAGUUAUGUGGCGUGAUUUGACUAGUGUGAAAGCAGAUUCAAGAAAUGGAAUGAUAAAUAUUCUGCUUUAAAGCUCCGUGUGAGCCGCCAUUGGUGAAGUUUGCUGUGAUAAGUUUAGUGUGGCCCAUAGUGGUUUCCUAUCUGUUGAAGAAAGUGAAUGAAACAUCUUACAGACCCAGAUCCGUUGGAGAUGGGAACUUACGUUGCCUUGGUGUGAUCAGACUGUCUGUCUAGAACGUUUCUAGAUAGCCGCAGUAUUUUAAAUGAUUAAUGUUACAUAAAUACCUUUGUUAUGGCUGUACAAAGCAUUGGUGCAAAACAAUGUCAUACUCCAUAGGAGUUUGCCAUGUUUUGUCUGGAACACACCAGGGAAUCAUGAAUGUAGAAAACAAUGCAGGGAUAUAGUCAAUAUCUAGUGACAAUGAUUUGGGAAUCGUAGAUAAAUUGUGCGUCCAUAUAUAUAGAUAUUGCAAACAAAUUAAAUGCUACAUAGGAACAUUGAAAUUACAAUAAUUGCUUCAUUUAAGUGACAAAAAAACACAUUUGCAAUUCAAGUUCAAAAAAGAGGAAGAAAUGAAAGCAUAGGCUGUCCCUGUGAAACUUUCUUGAAAAAUGCAAUAACAGUUCUUGAACUGCUUUAGAAGGAAAGGGCAAACACUGUUCAUGAUCUGUUCUUAUGUACAAGAACAGAAUCUCGCAGGGUUGAGAUUUAGAUGGUAUAAAAACAUCGCUCUCAUAUGAGUGAAGGCAAAAUACAGUUCUCAUUAGAGUGGAGGCAGAAUAGCCAUUUAUAAUACAUCAUUUAGAUUUGCAUUAAAACUGGUGAUUUCAAUUUCGAAACAUUCCCUUGGUAUUAUGAAGACGUGUGGAUAUGAGAAUUAUAUGUAAAAGAAUCCACAUUAUCCGACAUAAUGUAACACAGUACGGCAGUAUUGGUCAUCACGUAUGUGGUAUCUGUAUUAACAGAAAUCAUAAGUAGGUGAUCAAUAUUAAUCUGUAACAAUGCAUUUUUAAGGUAUGGGAGUGAGGCUUGUCGAUUCUCAAAGCUUUCUAUUAUACUCUGGUGUUUUUUCAUCAUAAAAUUUUGUAUUAUCGUCAUUGACAGCCAACCAAAGAGAUACAAUGGAAGAAAUUGUUUGCCAAAACCUAUGUUGGUAGUUGUAUAUUACAACUACCUGUUUUACUUAUAAGUUUGUGACUAUAAAAUAAAAUAUCUCAGUGGAGAUAAACAUGAUCAGGAUCACGGACGUGUUUGUUAACUUAACGACUGCGUGUGCGGUGAUAAAGUGUCAUUUCUACUGGAGACAUUAUGUAUACUUAUUGUAUCCUGCACCUUAAGCCUGAUCCGUGUCCAGAGAAUUUGUAAAUAUUAUGAAUUACAGUGUUAACUAGGAGUGGAGACUUUGAUAAACUGAAAGCGUGUGGUGAUUAUGUGUAAAUAUAUAAUGCGUUCAUAUUAUUAUACACACGAUAUGUGCCUCUUAAUGUACAUAAUUGUAAAUAAUAUAAACAUCCGCCACAACAAAAAGUUCUCAAAGAAUUCAAUGUGAUCAUUUUUUUCUAAGACUGUGAUAUUAUUCCUUUGAUUGAUUGUUAAGUACUCAUGCAAAAACUGUUGGGAGAGAAUGCUAUCCGAUUGACCUUUUUCAGAAUUUGUUAAAAUAUGGAUUUUUUUCUCUGUUUUGUAUAUAAUAAAGAAUUUAAAUUUGUAUUCUUUGUGUUAACUGCUGGUCUAUAAAAUCCCACCAAUUAGAAUCUUUUUCAAAUUUUGUUGAGAAUUUCUUUUCUAAUAAUAAGCUUUCCUUAGAGUUUUAUUAGUUGAAUAAGAUUUCAGCAUUUGUUUAAAUAUUUUGAUUACGAAGUCGGAUAUGAUUAUCUCCCACUUUUUUUUGUGUUAUCGGUAGGGAAUGAGUAAAUGAUUCAAUUGAGUUUUUCCAAUGUAACAUUAAACAUAAUCCCGCUGGUUCCGGAACCCGCGGGGUUAUAGUAACCAGCGCGAGUCUAUUUUUAUAUCCUGCUGUAUAUAGAGUGACACUUCAAUGUUUUGUAAAUCCUAACAAUUUAGCUGAAUUUCCGUCGCUGAAGUUGCUAAAUUUUUAAAUUUCACAAAUUUUAUUAGCUCUAUGAUAUAUUAGCAUUUUAUCCACUGUUGAGGAGGCAUUGUUAAUUUAAAACUAAAUCUUAUCAAUGAGUUGAAAAAUACAUUGUUGAACCUGGUUAUAUUUUGUUGGAUGCUUUGGGUUAAAAGUUAUCAAAAUGUUGAAUUAGAUUUUGUUUUAUACUUCAUAUUUCAUACUUGCCAACCUUUCCUGAUUUUUAUGGAGGAGAAAUUUUGUGCAAAUUUGUAAAACUGUCUUCAAAAUGAUCCCAGUAAUAAGCAAAGUUUAUUAAAUUCCAAAGUUGUUUUAAAAAGGAAAAAAAGAAAAAACGUGAAAAAGAAACCUUGAAAAUCAGUCCAAUAUAGGGAAACUUGGCGAGUAUAAAAUAACAUUUUCUAAGCUAUAUAUAUAUCACUUCUAAGAAGAACUUUAUAGUUGUAGUGACUGCUCAAGGUUUUAUAGAUCUUCCAAAAGCAAACCAAUCUUCUAGUUUGCAAGUCAAAAUUCAUAAUUACACUGUAUACACAAUGGUUUUAACCAAUCACAUAGGGCGUAUAAUAACUUGAACUUUAACCUUUAAGUCUCUAUUUCUUGUGCCUAGAAUAAUGUUUAACAAUUGAAUCUCAUUUCUUACUAACAAAAGUAUUAGUAGAAAAGCUUUAUUUUACAAUAACACAUUUAAUUUAUUAUCAUAGAAGUAAACAUAGCUAGUACUCAGAUAUGUUUUAAUGCAUUCAUUUUCCUUUUUUUUCAUAUCUGUAGGAGAAAUUUCAUGUCCCAUGAUAGCAUUAUAAUUGAAUAAGUAUAUGCAUCUUAUUACUUGAUGUGUAUAUUUGAAUACAGCAGAAUGAAUAUUCAUAGAUAUAAGUAGGCAUCAUGAAUAUUCAUAAGUUAUGGUUGGCAUAUUUUUAUUUUCUUGUUUGGAUUAAGUUAAAUUGACUGUGUAUGGGUUUGCCUACAUAAUUGUGAUUUUAUUUCUUUACAAUUUACAGUUACUGCUUGAGUAUGAAUUUUCCUCAAAUGAUUUGCUGUGUGACAACGUUUUUUAUACAUAUUUUUUUUCGGUGUAUGUAAACCUAAUAUCGUUUUGGUUGACUCGAUAUUACUCGAACACAUUCCUACCAGAUGUUUACCCGCGUUGUACUCCAGGAAAUAAAGAGGAAGUUCUUUGUUACAGUGUAUAGUUUUACCCUGUGUAUUAUACAUGUUUACUUUGUAAACAUAUUUGUUUACCUGUAAACAACAGUUAUAGAUUGAUUGUUGAUUAUAUACAUACGUCUAGUGGAUUUUUGCAUUGACAGACCCUGUGUGUACGUGUUUCAUCUACGAGAAAGAUGCAAAGUGAAAAAAUUUCACAUCCA